AUGCGCCAUGAGCGUGGUGCGCAGUGUGGCCGCUUUUCUCAGUGUUCGUUCUUCCAUCCUGCUGUUAGGCGACCAGUCUUACAAUCUGUUUUCUGUAAUAAAAAGUCCGCGAUAAGAUAAGGCAUAGGUACACAUAGGUACUUUUACGAGCACACGUCAUCUUUACUGAUGUCCAAAUGAGUUGAAAAAAUAAAAAGUCGUUUCGUGGCGAGGGAUUUCGGAAAAAAAUCAGUGAUGUGAGUGGAUUGUGAACGGAAACCUGGAAUAAAAAAGCGCUGCGGUUUUGACAAAAAAUGACAACCUUGGAGCUGUACACGAAGGGUGCGAGAGUAUGGAUCCCCCACCCCGACCAGGUGUGGCAGGGGGCGGAACUUCUCGAGAACUACAACCCCUCGAAGCCCACCCUGGCCGUCGCGACGGACGACGGCGGCACCGCGACGCUCCAGCUCAAGUCCGAAAAAGAUUUGCCCUUCCUGCGCAACCCCGCCAUCUUGGUGGGCGAGAACGACUUGACGGCGUUGUCGUAUCUGCACGAGCCGGCGGUGUUGCACAAUUUGCAGGUCCGUUUUUGUGAGAACAGGGACAUUUACACCUAUUGUGGAAUAGUUUUGGUUGCCAUCAACCCUUACGAUGAACUUCCUAUAUAUGAUAUUGACACGAUCCAGACGUACAGGGGCCAGGCGUUGGGCAACCUCGAUCCGCACAUCUUCGCCGUAGCUGAGGAGGCGUACACGCAACUGGAGCGCGAGCAAAGGGACCAGAGCGUUAUCGUGUCGGGGGAGAGCGGGGCAGGGAAGACGGUGUCUGCCAAGUACGCGAUGCGGUAUUUCGCCACCGUCGGCGGCAGCGUCGUCGAGACGCAAGUCGAGAAGAAGGUGCUCGCCAGCAGUCCCAUAAUGGAGGCCAUUGGGAAUGCAAAGACUACGAGAAACGACAACAGUUCGAGAUUCGGAAAGUUCAUCGAGCUGCAAUUCAACAAACAAUUCCAUAUAGUAGGCGCUUCCAUGAGAACGUAUCUUCUAGAGAAAUCAAGGGUGGUAUUUCAAACGACUGAAGAGAGGAAUUACCACAUAUUCUAUCAGUUAUGUGCUGCUAGGAAAAAACUACCUCAAUUAUUUUUAGAUCACCAAGAUCACUUCCACUACCUCAACCAAGGCGGCAGCCCCGACGUCAACGGCGUCGAUGAUGCUGAGACUUUCGAGGAGACCGUGAACGCGUUGAACUUGCUCGGAUUCUCCGAAAAGGAACAGAUCGACAUGUUCAAGGUGUUCGCCUCUGUACUGCACCUCGGCAACAUCAGGUACUUGGAGGGCAUCAUCGAAUCGGAGAACGAACAGGAUCAGGAAGGGUGUCUGAUCGAGCCAGAAGACAAGCACAUGAAAAUCCUGUGCGAUCUCCUCGAAAUCGACCAGGACGACAUGAGACAGUGGCUGUGCACUAGGAAACUGGUCUCCAUGAGGGAGGUCUUCCUCAAGCCGAUGACCUUGGAAGAGGCCACCAUCUCUCGAGACGCCCUCGCCAAACACAUCUACGCCGAGCUAUUCAACUGGAUCGUUCUAGUCAUCAACAGGUCUUUGGAAUCAGAUACCCCACGGCACAGAUUCAUCGGCGUGCUGGACAUCUACGGCUUCGAGACCUUCGAGACCAACUCCUUCGAGCAGUUCUGCAUCAACUACGCCAACGAGAAGCUGCAGCAGCAGUUCAAUCUGCACGUGUUCAAGCUGGAGCAGGAGGAGUACAUCCGCGAAGGCAUCGGCUGGAAGAUGAUCGAGUUCUACGACAACCAGCCCUGCAUCGACCUCAUCGAGACGAAGCUGGGCAUCUUGGACUUGCUGGACGAAGAGUGCAAGAUGCCUCGAGGUUCUGAUGCCUCCUGGACCGAGAAGCUCUACACCAAAUGCUCCAAGUACCCCCACUUCUCCAAGGGACGUUUCGGCGCUUCCUCAUUCGUCGUCAACCACUUUGCCGAUAAGGUGCAGUACGAGAGCACCGGCUUCCUGGAGAAGAACCGCGACACAGUGAUCGAGGAGCAGAUCAACGUGAUCAAGGCCAGCAGGAACGGUCUGGUGAAGAGGCUGUUCGCCUCCGAGUCGCAGAAGCUGGCGGCGCCCGGCGUCAAGGUCAAGGUCGUCGCGUCCAAGCCGGUGUCGGUCGCGCACAAGACUCACAAGAAGUCGGUUUGUUCGCAGUUUAGGGACUCGCUCAACAUGCUCAUGUCCACCCUGAACGCUACGACCCCCCACUACGUGCGCUGCAUCAAGCCGAACGACUCGAAGACGCCCUUCGAGUACAACGCGAAAAGGGCGGUACAGCAACUGCGGGCUUGCGGCGUGCUCGAGACGAUUCGGCUGUCGUCGGCCGGGUUCCCGAGCCGUUGGACGUACGUCGACUUCUUCUACAGAUACAGGGUGCUGUGCAAGUUCAAGGACAUCAGGAAAGACGACAUGCGGAAAACCUGCGAGAAUAUAAUCGGCCUCUGCAUCAAAACCUCCGACGUUUACCAGUUCGGCAAGACGAAGAUCUUCUUCCGGGCGGGGCAGGUGGCCUACUUGGAGAAGCUCCGGUCGGACAAGCUGCGGCUGUGCUGUAUCAUGAUGCAGAAGACGGUGCGGAUGUUCGUGGCGAGGAAGAAGUACUUGAAGAUCAAGAGGUCCGCUUUGCUGAUCCAGACGUACGGAAGGGGCGUGUUGGCGAGAAGGUUGGCAGAAAGCUUGAGAAGAGAACGAGCCGCAAAGACGAUCCAGAGAUACGUCCGCGGAUGGGUCAAGAUGGUACAGUUCCAGAGGCUGAGGCGGUGCGUGAUAGGACUGCAGCGAUACUCCAGAGGCUACAUGGCUAGACUGAGGUUCAUCCAGCUCAAAUACAAUGCAGCGGCGGUCCAAAUCCAGAGGCACGUACGCGGCUGGCUGGCCAGGAAAGAAGUGAAGAAGCGACGCAGGCAGAUCGUGUUGUGCCAGUCGGCCAUCAGGCGUUAUUUAGCCAGAAAGCAGUACAAGAGAUUGAGGAUCGAGGCGCGCUCGAUUGAGCACGUCAAGACGCUGAACAAGGGCCUAGAGAACAAGAUCAUCAGCCUGCAGCAGAGGAUCGACGAGGUGAACAAGACCAAUCACGAGCUGAGGAACUAUCAGAGCGAGGUGCAAGAGUUGAAGUCGAAGAUGCAGACGUUCCGAGCGAUGGAGAUCGAGAUCAAGAACCUGAACAACCUGCUGAUCGACAAGAACAAGGCGAUGGCCAAGCUGGAGGAGCAGCUCCAAGCGGAGCGCGACGACAAGAUGGACGUCGUGCACGAGUUCGACAGGUACAGGGCGGAGGCGCAGGCGCAGCGCGACGGGUGGGACGGCGAGAUGGCGAAGCUGCGCGCCGAGCUGCAGAAUAUCAACGAGAUCGUGAGGGUGAACGAGAAGGGGGCAGAGGAGAACUUGAAGGUGCGCAUCGAGGAGGAGAAACUGAUGCUCCAAUCCGAGGCGGACAGCGACCGUGAGGCCUACCAACGCCUGCUCCGCGACCACCACGCCCUCGAGCAGCAGUACGAAGACUUGAAAGCGCAGGUGGCGCUGGGCGGACACGGGGCGCACCGGAGGAAUAUCAGCGACAUCAGCAGCAUCAGCGCCGUGGACGAACAGCUGCUCAACAGCGAUCUGCCGGAGGACCACGGGUACGGCAUGACCAGCGACAGUAACGCCAGGAACGAUACGACCGAACCCAAAAUGGACGUCAGCCUGGUGCUGAAGCUGCAGCACCGGCUGUCAGGCGUCGAGAGAGAGAAGACGCGGAUGCAGAAGCGCCUCGACGAGAUAGAUCUGUCCCCGAAAUCUGACACGCAGCGGUCCGACGUCGAAAAUGCCGCCAGGUUAUCCGAGAUGGAGCUAUGCAACUCGCAGUUGAAGACGCAGCUGUUCGAGCUGCAGAAUAGCAUCAACGAAGGCACUGGUCCAACGAAACUGCACGAACAGCUGAAGGAGCUGCAAACGGAACUGGAACGGAAGAGCGAAGAAAUCGUGCAGCUGAAGAGCGUGCUGGCCAAUCAAACGAACAACAUCAAGUCGAUCCUCAACUCCAAGACGCGGACAGGUACAGUGCCUCCGGACAUUUCCCGUUUUUCUAUCAUUUUGCACGAGUUAUGUUUUCUGUUUCAUGCUUAUCGUCGAACCCUGACUCUACCUUUACAGAUGGAGAUCUCCAAGUUGCUGGAGGAUAACGAACGACAGCAACGAAUUCUCUCUGCCAACUUGACGACUCCCCAAACGCAAGGAGAAGCCUACAUGCAGAUGGAGAUAACCAGACUGACGACCGAGAAUCUAGAAUUGCACGAUAAGAUCGACUUGCUGAACGAAACCGUGCGCAAACUGAAGAAACAAAGGAAGGUUUAUCUCAAACCGCGCACAGCCGUAGCUCUCCUGCCAGGUUUGCCGGCCUACAUAAUUUUCAUGUGCAUCCGCCAUACGGACUACAUCAACGACGAAGAUAAAGUCAGGUGUCUCUUGUCGACGUUCACGAAUACGCUGAAGAAGGUGAUGAGGAAGAGACAGGAUUUCGAAACCACAACAUUAUGGCUGUCGAAUACUCUGAGGUUAAUUCAUAACUUGAAACAGUACAGUGGCGAGGAGGCCUUCCAAAGAAAAAAUACUCCCAAACAGAACGAGCAGUGCUUGAAGAAUUUCGAUCUUUCUGAAUAUCGUCAAAUAUUUUCAGAUACAGCAGUUUGGAUAUACCAAUCUGCCCACCUCCUGCAGGCCAGAAAGACCGAUGAGGACGUGGAGAGCGUGUGCGAGAUGUGCGACGCUCUAACGCCCCUGCAGAUCUGCAAGGUGCUCAAUCUGUAUACGCCUGUCGACGAGUUCGAGCAAAGGGUGCCGGCGUCCUUUAUAAGGGCGGUGCAGGAGCGGCUGAAGGGGCGGCCGGACGCGCAGGCGCAACAGGCUUUGCUGAUGGAUGUCAAAUACAAAUUUCCUGUACGUUUUCCUUUCAAUCCUUCCGUUAUAUGCUUAGAAGACAUUGAUAUUCCCGAAUCGCUUGGUCUACCUAUGCUCGAAAAACUUUAAAAAAAUUUAUUUAUACUAUUUUGGCUAUAGAUGAAAACAUGGGCUCCUAUCUGUAAGUAUACUAGUUGAUUUUUCUUCAUCUCCACAAGUAUAUACUGAUAUUCAAAUUAUUGAAUUAUUGAUUGUUUGCUAAAUGUCAACCACGAGAUGUUUAUAAAUAUAUCAAAAAAUUGGGCGCCUUUUCAAAUUAACCAGAGUUAUAUCAAUUGAAUUAUCUGAUUUUUUUGUAUAUAGUUGUAAAAACUAGUUUCUAAUAGAUUGAAUAAGGACCGAAUGUAGAGAAAAAUGUACUUUCAUGCAACUUGUGAUAUUUUUUGGUUCCAUAUACUUAUGUAUAUUCAGUAAUUAUUUAUUAUUUAUUAUUACUGUUUUUAGCAAAAUUGUUUGAUAGAUUGUGAUGUAGGUAAUUGUUAUGUAAUAUUAUCAAAGUAGGUAGUUGGAAAUUACUAACAAAUUCUAUAUCUAUACAAAAACAAAAAUAAUAAUAAUCAUAUUAUCAAUGUACAGGUGAAUCAGUCUUACCUUAAUUCUUGUCAUUUUACAUCCAUUCAAAUAACAUUCCAAUUUUUCAAUAUUUAUAUAAGUGAACAUUUUGUAUAUUUUUGGUACAAUCCUUUAGUGCCAUACUUUCUUCAUUAACGUUUUGUUGAAAUUGUUGAAUUUGAAUAUUGUUUAUAUUCAUAGUUACCUUUUUACAGAAAACUAUAUCAUAUUGUUGGAAAUUAAAAUUUUAUGAAUCA